UAGCAUAUACUUUCUUUGCAGUGGAAAAUGGUCUCAAAAGGUCUAUAAAUAAUAGUUGAUGAUGCAAGACACCUUACACUCAUACACUCCCAGCACUAAGACACAGAAAGGAAUGAAAGAAAACAGAACAUAUCUAACAACCCUUGCACUCAUUUUUGAAUUGCCAGCCUUUCUUCUCUGUUAGAGAGAACGUACAAAAUUCUGAGAGACUUAUUUACCUUACAAGCCACAGCAGCUUAAAUUUCUGCUUCACAGAAGCUUGUUUGGUCCCUGAGAAAAUGGGAACAAAUGAGGUUGGAGGAGUUCAUUAUCACUCGGAUACAGAGAUCGUUGGCAGCGAAAGAAUGGUGAAUUACAGCGGUCCUCUAAGUGGACCUCUGAACAAAAGAUCAGGCAACAAGAAGACUGCCAAGUUCAACAUAGCUGAGCCUGCAGGCUCUGCUGUGAAGCCUGGCAUUAGCACAAGCGAUGAAGAGCCUCAUGUUGAGGUCAUUUUGGAUGUUCGAGAAGACUCCGUGGCGGUGCACAGCGUUAAGCCUGCUGCUGAUGAUCAUGAAGAUCAUGUGGAGAUGACUUUACUUGGAAAAGGGUUGGAGAAGAAUCAAUCUCCUAAAGGUUCAUCAGUUGUGAGGACGGCUUCAGCUCGUAUCAAACAGGUUUCUCAGGAGCUGAAGCGCCUGGCCUCAUUUUCAAAACAAGCAGUGGCAGCCCCUCAUCCAAGGAGGCGGUUUGAUCGAACACAGUCAGCAGCAGCUCCUGCCUUGAAGGGCCUCAAGUUCAUCAGCAAGACAGAUGGUAAUGCUGGGUGGCCUGCAGUUGAGAAGAAGUUCGAUGAGCUCACUGCUUCAAGCAAUGGCUUGCUUCCUCGUUCACGUUUCGGUGAAUGUAUAGGAAUGAAUAAGGAAUCAAAAGAGUUUGCCGGGAAGCUGUUCGAUGCUCUUGCUAGAAAGCUGGAUAUUAAGGAAGAUUCCAUCACCAAGGAACAGUUGAACGAGUUUUGGGCUCAAAUCUCUGAGCAGGGAUUUGACUCCAGGCUUCAAACUUUCUUUGACAUGGUUGAUAAAGAUGCAGAUGGAAGAAUCACCAUAGAGGAGGUCAAAGAGAUUAUUAGCUUCAGUGCUUCUGCCAACAAACUCUCAAACAUCCAAAACCAAGCAGAUGAAUAUGCAGCAUUGAUCAUGGAAGAGUUAGAUCCAGACAAUCUGGGACACAUCAUGAUAGACAGCCUGGAAACUCUCUUGUUGCAAGGACCAGAAGAGACUGCAGUAAGAGGAAAAGAUAGCCGAAACCUAAGCAAAAUGCUGAGCCAGAAGCUUAAGCCUACAAGAGAGCACCCAUUAAGGAGAUGGUGUAGCGACCUCAAGUACUUCUUGCAAGACAAUUGGAAGAGAGUUUGGGUAGUGACACUGUGGGUUGGGAUCAUGGCUGGCCUAUUUGCCUACAAGUACGUACAGUAUCGAAACAAAGCUGCAUAUGAAGUAAUGGGGCAUUGUGUGUGCAUGGCCAAAGGUGCAGCAGAGACACUCAAAUUCAACAUGGCUCUUAUUCUGCUACCAGUCUGCAGAAACACCAUAACUUUGCUCAGGAACAAGACCAAACUAGGCAUCGUCGUUCCUUUUGACGACAACCUCAAUUUCCACAAGGUCAUAGCUAUAGGAAUUGGGAUUGGAGUUGGCAUACAUGGAAUUUCUCAUUUAGCAUGUGACUUCCCUCGCAUCAUUCAUGCCAGCAGCGAUAAGUAUGAGCUGAUGAAGCCCUUUUUCGGGGACGAUCAACCUUCAAAUUAUUGGCACUUUCUUAAGUCACUGGAAGGAGUUAGUGGGAUUGUUAUGGUAGUGUUAAUGGCAAUAGCCUUCACAUUGGCUGCCCCUUGUUUCAGAAAAGGUCAGCUCAAGCUGCCUGAGCCUCUGAAGAAGCUCACUGAGCCUCUAAAGAAGCUCACUGGGUUCAAUGCCUUUUGGUAUUCACACCACCUCUUCAUCAUAGUCUAUGUCUUGUUGAUCAUCCAUGGCAUUUAUCUUUACCUGACCAAGGAAUGGUACAAGAAGACGACCUGGAUGUACCUAGCUGUGCCACUCACUCUCUAUGCCGGAGAAAGAUUGGUUCGAGCACUCAGAUCCAGCAUCAAGCCGGUUAAGAUACUAAAGGUGGCUCUUUAUCCUGGGAAUGUCUUGGCCCUUCAUUUGUCCAAGCCUCAAGGCUUCAGAUACCACAGUGGGCAAUAUAUGUUUGUUAAGUGUGCUGCUGUGUCUCCAUUUGAAUGGCACCCAUUUUCCAUCACCUCAGCCCCUGGAGAUAACCACCUUAGUGUUCAUAUUCGAAUUGUCGGAGAUUGGACCCGGCAACUUAAAACUGUGUUCUCUCAGGUAUGCCAACCUCCUCCUAGUGGGAAAAGCGGACUUCUCAGAGCUGACCAUAUGCAAGGAGCUGACAACUUAAUAUUUCCUAAAGUGUUGAUAGAUGGGCCCUAUGGAGCACCGGCUCAAGACUACAAGAACUAUGAAGUGGUGUUGUUAGUAGGGCUAGGGAUUGGGGCAACCCCAAUGAUCAGCAUUUUGAAGGACAUAGUGAACAACAUAAAGGCCAUAGAGGAGGAGGGGGAGGACAUGGGUGCCUUAGAAAAUGGGGCACCAAGCAGGAUAUCAAAAGUCGGAUCCGGAUCCGGGUCAAGCCAACUGGGGCUCCAUAACUUUAAGACCAAGAGGGCCUAUUUUUAUUGGGUGACAAGAGAGCAAGGCUCCUUUGAUUGGUUCAAAGGGGCAAUGAAUGAGGUGGCUGAAUUGGACCACAAUAGGGUUAUUGAGUUUCACAAUUAUUGCACCAGUGUUUAUGAGGAAGGUGAUGCACGUUCUGCCCUCAUUCACAUGCUUCAGUCUCUCAGUCAUGCAAAGAAUGGCGUUGAUAUUGUGUCUGGGACACGUGUCAAGUCGCACUUUGCCAAGCCUAACUGGCGUGAGGUCUACAAGCGCAUUGCACUUGAUCACACCAACGCUACCGUUGGGGUGUUCUACUGUGGGCUACCAGCGCUUGCCAAUGAGCUGCGACAGCUAUCACAUGAUUUCUCUCACAAGACCACCACCCAAUUUGAUUUCCAUAAAGAGAAUUUCUGAUGAUCACAAAUCAAGGAAAAAACAAAACAACAAAGUCUUCCUGUGCGUCCCCACCAUGUACAUUAUGGUCCAUCCAUGUCCAUCAUCCUACUUUCUCCAUCAAAAUACAAAGAGAUUCUGAUCUGA